AUGCAAUUGUUCCCAGUAUCGAGCAGUUCAUUCGUUACUGCUUUUUUGGCUUUAGCUGCGGUUGUUGUCGUGGAGGCUAAACCCCACAGUAUUAAACUCAACAGAUUAUCAAAUGAAGAGACCUUGGAUGCUGCCACUUUCCAGGACUAUACAAAUGUAUUAGCUAACAAGUAUUUGAAUUUAUUUAAUAAAGCCCACGGUAAUCCAGUUGGUGUUGGUAUUCAACAAGUUUUAAGUGGUAAAGAUUGCCCCGAAAAAGCUCCAUUUGUAACUCCUCAAAAGGGUAAGUUUGAUGCUCCCUUGACAAAUUACAUGAAUGCCCAGUAUUUCACUGAAAUACAAAUUGGUACUCCUGGUCAAUCUUUCAAAGUUAUCUUGGAUACUGGAUCUUCCAAUUUGUGGGUUCCUUCUCAAGAUUGUACCUCGUUGGCUUGUUUCUUACACUCCAAGUACGAUCAUGAUGCUUCUUCCACUUAUAAAGCCAAUGGUUCUGAGUUUUCAAUUCAGUAUGGGUCAGGUUCAAUGGAAGGUUAUAUUUCUCAAGAUGUACUUAGUAUUGGAGACUUGGUUAUUCCAAAGCAGGAUUUCGCUGAAGCUACCUCCGAACCCGGUUUGGCAUUUGCAUUUGGCAAAUUCGAUGGUAUCUUGGGCUUAGCUUACGAUACCAUUUCAGUAAAUCGUAUUGUACCACCGGUUUAUAAUGCUAUAAACCAGGGUUUGUUAGAUGCGCCUCAAGUUAGUUUCUAUCUUGGUGACACUAACAAGGAUGAAAAUGACGGAGGAUUGGCUACAUUUGGUGGUUAUGACGAAUCAUUGUUUCAAGGCAAGAUUACUUGGUUACCAGUUAGAAGAAAAGCUUACUGGGAGGUUUCGUUUGAAGGAUUAGGAUUAGGCGAUGAAUAUGCAGAGUUGACUAAAACUGGCGCAGCAAUCGAUACUGGUACUUCAUUGAUCACUUUGCCAUCAACUUUGGCUGAAAUAAUUAAUGCCAAGAUUGGUGCAACUAAAUCUUGGUCUGGCCAAUAUCAAAUUGACUGCAACAAGAGAGAUUCAUUGCCUGAUUUAACAAUGACUUUUUCAGGUUACAACUUUACUUUAACUGCUUAUGAUUACAUUUUGGAAGUUGGUGGAUCAUGUAUUUCAGUUUUCACACCAAUGGAUUUCCCUAAACCAAUUGGUGAUUUAGCUAUUGUUGGUGAUGCGUUCUUGAGAAGAUACUACUCAAUUUAUGACUUGAAGAAAAACGCUGUUGGAUUAGCACCAUCAAAAGUCUAA